AUGGUGCGGCCAGCCCCGGCACCAACCCCAGCUCCUGCACCAGCCCCGGCUCCUACACCAGCCCCGGCUCCUGCACCAGCCCCGGCACCAACCCCUGCCCCUGCACCUGUGGUUCGACCUACAUUGAGGCCGCUAGCUUCUCUUCCUCCUGUUGAACCCACUCCACCACCACCAGCGGUCCGAGCUCCAACUCCGCCAGCACCAGCAGCCCCAACUCCAACUCCAGCGCCACCAGCGGUCCGAGCUCCAACUCCGCCCGCACUAGCAGCCCCAACUCCAACUCCACGGCCACUAGCAGCCCCAACUCCAACUCCACGGCCAUCUGCUGUGGCACCCCCACCGGUUGCUGCUACUCCAGCACCACCACCACCUCUGGCUGUGGCGAGUUCUACUGCAUCUGUUCCAUCGUCCCCAGCUCGUGGCGUUAGUUCUGCUCCCUCAGCAGCAUCCCCUCCUGCAGCUGCAAUUGCCAUCACAUCCUCUUCAUCAGUACCAUCAUCUCCUGUAAAGGUAGCCCCAUCCUCUACAUCAGGGGUGCCAUCUCCUAGAAGCAGGGUCACUACUUCAGUGUCCGACUAUCCAGCUACCUCAAGAGCAGUACCACCACCACAGACUUCUCCUCCAAAACCCGCAGCUGCUACAUUUUCAGUGCCACGACAAACUUAUUCUCCGCCUAAACCCAGAAGCACAACCAUUUCAUUACCCAGUACUGCUCGGGAGCCUAGUCCCAGUUACAUUCAGCCUCCCAGAACCCUUAAGCCGGUGAAUAAUACCCCACCUCAGUCGCCUAGCAGGCCCAAACCUACUGCCCCGCCACCCUCUCCUCUCAAACUGCCACCAUCUCAGUUAAGGUCCAGCACUGCAGAUCAAACUGAUCAAAGGAUUCCAUUAGAGGCUGAGCAGAAGACGGUGCUGGUCCAAAAGACCAUUGAUCAAAAGCCGACUUCCUGGUUCAGUACUGGAGUCUCAAAGCAGGAUCAUGACUCUACUCGUGAGUCCCAAAGGCCUGGCAAUCAUGCCCACCAUGCAAAGCAGGAAGAGAAAAUCACCAAGAAGAAGUUAUCAUCUGAUUCUGAGGAGGCUUCAGGCAUGAGGGUCAUAACUCUUGCAGGUGAUAACAAAGGGGCUUAUAUGGAACUCAUGCGAUCCCCUAAUAAACAUCAUGAGCAACGUGGGGAGCAUUCUCAUUAUCUUUUCAAGAAAGGCCACAAUGGUAAGUCGGCACAGACCGUUGGGAGUCAUGAAUCUGAUAAAAGCCACAGCAGCAGCAGCAGUGGCGAGGAAGGCAAGCCAAAAAUGAAGGACAAAAGUCACCACAAAGGAAUUAAGGCAGGGAGCUCAUCACAGCUGCCUCUGAGUUCAUUCACAAACAGCAAUGUUCAAGGUAUCAACAACUCCGUUGUGUACAACAGUUCCUGCACUCACCACGACCCGGGCGUGCACCUUGCUCUCACUAGGAAGCCCAAUGGGGAUGGAUUCGAUGUCAAGAGCCAUGUCAACGGCCGACACAGUUAA